GUGUCUUUCGCCUGCAAGGACGAUAUCUGGAAGAAACAACUGCUAGCCUCUGUUCAUAAGGCGUCACUAACCUCAGGCAACCGUCGAGUGCCCCGCGCAGACCGCUGCCUCCGUCGUCAUAUUCCAGACCCGCGCCCAGCAGCGCACGCGACGCGCAUUCGUACAACUAUCCCCUCGGAUAACAGCUGCGGCGCUUAGCCCAGUAAAGGCGCAGGCAUGAGUAACGCAGACUUCCUGGGUCGUGCCAUUGAGACAGUCAAGAAGGCCAUCGAGACGGAUACCGCGGGCGAAUACGACAAGGCAUAUCAACUAUACUACAGUGCUCUCGAGCUAUUCAUGCUCGCCUUGAAAUGGGAGAAGAAUCAGAAGUCCAAGGAGAUGAUUCGAGGCAAGGUUGCCGAAUACAUGGAGCGUGCCGAGAAGCUCAAACAGCAUCUGAACCAAAACGAUGCCUCAAAUCGCAAGAAACCCGCAGCAAUGGGCUCGAAUGGAAAGGCAGCCGGGGGAAGUGGCAAGGGUGGAAAGGACGACGAUGAGGAGGGCGAGAUAGAUGCCGACUCCAAGAAGCUACGCGGUGCGCUCGCGGGCGCCAUCCUGUCCGAAAAGCCAAAUAUUCGAUGGGAAGAUGUAGCAGGGCUGGAACAGGCAAAGGAGGCUCUGAAAGAGGCAGUCAUAUUACCUAUCAAAUUCCCACAUCUAUUCACCGGCAAGCGACAACCGUGGAAGGGUAUUCUGUUGUACGGCCCGCCUGGUACGGGCAAGAGUUACCUUGCAAAAGCAGUUGCAACAGAGGCAAACAGCACCUUUUUCAGCGUUUCGAGUUCCGACCUGGUCAGCAAGUGGAUGGGUGAAUCCGAGCGGUUGGUAAAGCAACUCUUCGGCAUGGCUCGCGAAAACAAGCCUUCCAUCAUCUUCAUUGAUGAGAUCGACGCCCUCUGCGGACCUCGAGGCGAAGGUGAAUCCGAGGCAUCACGGCGUAUCAAAACCGAGCUGCUUGUGCAAAUGGAUGGUGUAGGCAAAGACUCAAAGGGCGUGCUUAUUCUCGGCGCGACCAACAUUCCAUGGCAACUCGACUCCGCUAUUAGACGACGAUUUCAACGAAGAGUGCACAUCAGCUUACCGGAUACACCCGCCAGGAUGAGGAUGUUCGAGCUCGCCGUUGGAAACACUCCAUGCGAACUCAAUCAAGGAGACUACAAAAAGCUAGCGGAACUGAGUGAAGGAUACUCUGGUUCUGAUAUCUCGAUAGCGGUGCAAGAUGCACUGAUGCAGCCCGUACGCCUUAUUCAGACUGCGACUCACUAUAAACCAGUCGAAGUAGACGGCACAACGAAAUGGACACCCUGCUCGCCCGGCGAUCCGCAAGCGCAAGAGAAAUCCUGGACCGAUCUGGAUGGUGAUCAGCUGCUCGAACCUCCUUUAAAAGUGAAGGAUUUCAUCAAGGCCAUCAAAGCUUCAAGGCCAACGGUCAGUGGGGAGGAUUUGAAGAGGAGCGCAGAUUGGACAAAGGAGUUUGGUAGUGAGGGCGCAUAA